AUGGCUCCAAGUCGUAAAACGAGCAGGAAGCCACGCGCCAAGCAACCGCGUCGGACUGUUGCCUCAACGCGUUCCCCGACAGCUCCCCCUCUUAUACGUGUCCAACGUAAACUCGGCGACAAGACACCCCGAACGCGAAAACGCUAUCUCGCCAAGGUUCUGAAGUCCAUCCGUUCCUCGAUGCCUCCUACGCCUGACGUACGUAGAGAUCCAAUCCCUGAUAUCAGAGCCCAACUCGACAAGCUCCGCAAAGACAACGAAAUGAUCUAUCACGACCUUGCCGCCACAUCCUCCGGAGUCAAAUCGAAAGUGCACCCCGACCGAGAGUAUGUCAUGCGCCAGUCAAACCCCAAGACGCUCCUGAACCACCUCUCUGCCGGCCGAAUUGCCGUUGGUCACAACGGAUGCUGGAUACCGAAGGAGGCUUCAACCCCCGCAGACCCAUUCGGGGAGCGACACAGAUAUGGGCAGGUCAGCAUCACAGCAGGUGGUAUGACCCGGAGAUUCCAAUUCAAUCUCCUCGUCUUGAAGGUCAUUGGAUUUGAGGAUUUGAUGUGGAACAAGGACGUGCAGGCGUCCCACUUGUGUGGGCACAGUUCGUGCGACAAUCCCUUGCACUUCGUGUGCGAGUUGCGUUGCUUCAACAUGCAACGGAUAUUGUGUCCGGGUAGCUGCCAAUCAGACGCUGGCGAUUACAUUUGCGAUCAUGGCCCAGAAGGCUUGCAAUGCUUCGGGCAUUUGAACUGCCCAAGUACCUGCGAAGUCGGCCGAGUUAUGCAGGAGAAAUUGUACAAGGUUUUCGACGACGAACAGCGCCGCCUGGCGACGGAAAGAGCGAAGACGGCGAGGAAGAGAGCAGAGAAGCGUAUCGCUGAGGAGGCAGAAGAGCAACUCAAAGCCGAGCGCAAAGAGGAGGACGACCGAGUCAAGGCGGCAGCGAAGGCGGCACUGUAUGCAGCCAGGGAUGCUCAAAAACAGAAGGACAAGCCAGCCAGGAAUGCGCAACAAAAGACGAACAAGCGAACCAAGGUGGCGAAGAAGGGGGCGGACAAGGUAGCCGUGAAGAACAGGUAG